AUGCUUGUGAAUUGGAUUGCCUUAUCUUACACACUCGCCUACAUUGGUUGCACCGCCAUCUUCGCAAGCCUCUCCGAUGUAAUCGGUCGUCGCAACGCCUACCUCGCCGCCUAUGUCAUCUUUCUCGCCUUUUCAGUCGGCUGUGGCUUCGCUCAAUCCCUCGAACAGCUCAUUGCUAUGCGUGCGCUACAGGGAGUUGGUGGCUCAGGCUUGUAUUCAGUGGGCUUCGUCAUACUGGGCGAGAUCAGCCCGCCGCGCGUGAUCGGUAUGUUGGGCGCAAUGGCAGGAGCCAUUAUCGCGAUGUCGGGAAUCCUGGGGCCAGUGCUGGGCGGUGUCAUUACCAGUUACACAUCCUGGCGAUGGGUUUUCUGGAUCAAUGCCCCGAUCGGAAUCAUUCCGUUGAUCCUUUUCGUACUGGUUUGGUCCAACGACGCCCUCAUCCGCGGCGUCAGUCGUCGCAGAUUCAAACAGAUCGACUUCCUAGGCUUCCUUCUCUUGGUCGCUGCUUCCGUGCCCUUCGUCAUUGCAUUCCAGCAAGCCGGCAUCCACGUCCUCAUGAACAGCUCCAUCUGGUCGUCUGCCCUCUUCGUUGCUCCGCUCGUCGUUGGUGUGCUCUGCUUUGCUGCGCUCUUCGUUUGGGAGUGGUUCAUUGCAAGACGUUGGCCUGACGCGAUUGCUGCGCUCUUCCCAAUGCGACUAGCCAAGAACCGAGUCUACAUGUCAGCACUCGCCACGACAUUGUUGAUAGGCUUCCCUUACUUUGUCAUCAUAUACUCGCUGCCAACGCGGUUCCAGGUCGUCAACGGAAAGAGUGCGCUUGGAUCGGGUGUCGCUUUGCUGCCAAUGCUUGGGUCCUCUGCCAUCGGAUCGACUCUCGCUGGUGCAGCGUCGAGUAAGAAGAAUAACACGUUUGCGGUUAACGUCGUUGGUGCCGCCCUCAUGCUUAUUGGAACCGCAACCUUGUCUACACUCGAUAACACUUUCGCCCCGCAAGCUCGAGCCUAUGGUUUACAGGUUUUUGUCGGAUUGGGCUUCGGAUUGACAGUCAGCAAUUCGACUCUACUAGCUGGCAUUGAAUCGGAGCCACGCGACACCGCAGUCGCACAAGGCCUGAUGGCGCAAGUGCGUGUGCUAGGGGGUAGCGUUGGUAUCGCCGCGUCAACAGCUAUCCUGGGCAUCAAAGAGCGUCAAGAGCUUCUUGAUUCGCUGAUUGUAGAGGGCGCCCAGUUGGAGUCACUUGCUGAGUCUAUGCGGACCCUUCCUCCCAACAAAGUUUUCGCUAUUCGCCAGACAUACUCAGAUGCUUUCAACGAGACUCUUGUGGCUUGCGCAGUUAUCAGCGGUGUGGCCCUCCUGGCGACGCUCGCAGCGUGGCGGAAACAUCCCACUGCUAUGAGAAAUAGAACAUAG